AUGAAUCUUCUCACCGUCGCCGUUUUUGCCAGCCUUAUGGUUGCUACUAUGGGUACCUAUGGUGGCAUCGGCGGGUUUGGUCGUGGUAUUGGACUUCAUGGGGGUCUUGGAGGUUUUGGGGGUCUAGGGGGCCUAGGAGGUCUUGGAGGCGGUCUGUACGGAGGUCUAGGUUAUGGAGGUCUUGGGGGUUUUGGUCUUGGUGGCCUUGGAGGUCUUGGUGGGCUUGGAGGUCUUGGGGGCCUUCGAGGUCUUGGGGGCCUUGGAGGUCUUGGGGGCUUUGGAGGUCUUGGAGGCUUUGGAGGACUUGGAGGCUUUGGAGGACUUGGAGGCGGCCUGUACGGAGGACUUGGUUUUGGACGCGGUCUCCAUGGACUGGGAGGUCAUGGUUUCGGGGGCUUCCGUGGAUAUUAA